UGCCCCACUCUGCUGUGCUCCCAAGGAGAAAGGAACGCACAACAGUAAAGGAGAGCCAAAUCUUCCCUGAGCAAUGGCGGAGGUGGCGACCAACGGCUCGGAGGUGCUCGCCGCCCCGGCGGCCGUGCCGGCGCCGGCGGUGUUCUCCGGGCUGAAGGUGCAGGUGACGGUUCCGGCAGGGCGCGCCGAGGAGGCGGUGGCCUUCUACAAGGCCGCUUUCGCCGCGGAGGAGGUGUCCCGCUCCACCCACCCGAAGCGCAAGGGUGACGGGGAGGCGGCGGCCCUGCUCUGCGCCGAGCUGAAGGUCGGCGCGGCGACCCUGCUCGUCUGUGACCAGGCCGGCGACGACGUCCCCGCCGUGGGCAAGGAAGGCGCCGCGGCUAGUGGGCUGGUUCUGCGCCUGGAGACCGACGACGUGAACGCUGCCGCGGCGCAGGCGGCGACCGCCGGUGCGGCGCUGCAGGGGGAGGUAACCGAGGACGGCUGCGGGCUGGGCGCCACCCUCGUCGACCCCUUCGGCGUCACCUGGGCCUUCGCCUCCUCCACCUCCGCCAAGAAGUGUGGCUAGAAGCCCCCCGACCGCCGUGGUCGUCGCCGCCCGACGGAUGCGCUCCUCAAGGCCUUCGUCGGCGGUGGUGGAUGGUGGUGAUGGUCGUCGCUUAACUCGUUGUCAGGGACGAGAAUAAUCUAUGGGGACUGAUGGCAUCGUAGUAGUGUUGUUGCUUUUGUUAGUCAGUGUAGUAGUAUUCGCUGAAAUGCUCUGAUGGUCGUUAAAUUUCAGCAUGUUUAAGUAAUUGGUCCUGGUCUGGAUAUUGGUGUGAACUCGGAACAUUGAUGGAUUAAUGGUGUUAUGUAGGUAAUGGGCAGUUUAUCCUUGUUUCUGA